AGAUCAACAAAUCCCCGCGCUGGCUGCCGCUGCAUUGACUCUACAAUUAUUCUACUCCACAUUUCAUUUCAGAUCCAUCCACCAUUAUCAAGCCAGAGGAGCUGCUGGCCCAAUUGCUUGCAGCUCUGAUUCUUGCCUGGAGGAGGAAGAAGAAGAAGACGACCAACAACAACAAGAAGCUAGAAAUUAACAUCAAUGGAGGGGGAUUGGCGGCGGUGGUGGGCGCUGCUGGCGACGGUGUGGAUCCAGGCGUGGACGGGGACAAACUUCGACUUCCCGGCCUACUCCGCCGCCCUCAAAUCCGCCAUCUCCCCUGCAGCCUCCGGCGCCGUCUCCCAGCAGCGGUACCUCAGCUACCUCGCCACCGCCUCCGACCUCGGCAAGGCCCUGGGAUGGACCUCCGGACUCGCGCUGCUGCGGAUGCCGCUCCCCGCCGUGCUCCUCCUCGCCGCCGCCAUGGGCGCCGCCGCCUACGCCCUCCAGUUCUGCACGCUCGCUUUCCCCGCCCUCGCCGUCCCCUACCACGCCGUGUUCAUGGCGUGCGUCGUGGCCGGCUGCAGCAUCUGCUGGUUCAACACCGUCUGCUUCGUCGUCUGCACCCGCGCAUUCCCCGCGGCCACCCGCCCCCUCGCCCUCUCCCUCUCCACUAGCUUCAACGGCCUCAGCGCCGCCUUCUACACCCUCUUCGCCGACGCCGUCGCCCCCGCCGCACCCUCCGUCUACCUCCUCCUCAACGCCGCCCUCCCCCUCGCCGUCUCCCUCCUCUCCCUCCCACCCGUCCUCCUCCUCCCACCGUCGCCCGAGACCGACGCCGCGCAAGCCACGCGCCACCGUCGCGUCUUCCUCGGCUUGUACAUCAUCGCCGUCGUCACCGGCGUCUACCUCGUCGCCCUCGGCUCCUUCGACACCACCGGCUCCACCGCCUGGAUCGUCCUCGCUGGCGCCAUGGCACUCCUCGGCGUCCCCCUCAUCAUCCCCGGCGCCUCCUGCAUCUCUCACCCCGACGACGACGCCCAUGCCGCCGACACUGCACUGCUGCCGCUUAUCCACACCAGCAACAAGGAUGGUGAUGAUGAUCAUCAGCACAGGGAGGAGUACCAGCAGCAGCAGGGAUGUUGCCCUGGGGACAACAAGGGGCCCCGCCGUCUGCUGGUUCUCGGCGAGGAGCACAGCGUGAAGAGACUCCUCUGCUGCGCCAAUUUCUGGUUCUACUAUGCGGCCUACUUCUGCGGCGCCACCGUCGGGCUGGUGUACAGCAACAACUUGGGGCAGAUCGCGCAGUCGCUCAACCGCCAGUCGCAGCUCCCCAUGCUUCUCGCCGUCUACUCCUCCUGCUCCUUCUUCGGCCGCCUUCUCUCUGCGCUCCCCGACUUCCUUCCCAGGAAGGUGUCAUUUGCUCGGACAGGGUGGCUUGCGGCUGCGCUGGUGCCCAUGCCGAUGGCCUUCUUCAUAAUGUGGACGUGGCACAACGACAACACGCUGGUCGCAGGGACGGCGCUGAUCGGGCUAAGCUCGGGGUUCAUCUUUGCCGCGGCGGUGUCAGUGACGUCCGAGCUCUUCGGACCCAACAGCAUCGGCGUGAACCACAACAUCCUCAUCACCAACAUCCCCCUCGGGUCGCUCCUCUUCGGGCAGGUCGCCGCCAUCGUGUACGACGCAAACGGGCUGAAGAAGACGGUGCGUGACCACCGCACCGGCAUGGUGGACACCAUGAUGGUGUGCAUGAGCGAGGCGUGCUACUCGACAACCUUCUUCCUGUGGGGUUGCAUCACGUUGCUGGGGCUGGCGUCGAGCGUAGCCCUUUUCUUGAGAACAAGACCAGCUUAUGCCACUGCUGCCGGUCAGUCUAGCUGUACAGAGGCCGCCGGAGCGAGACCAGGCUUCGGCUUCGCCUUCGGCGGCGGCGGCAGAUCGUGGGACGAGGCGAGGAAGAAGAAGAAGAAGAAGAAGAAGAAGAAGGAAGUGGGCUGUUACAUGGCGGCCCAAGCUCUUCAAGGCCCAGCAGCAAACUCAUCUCUUUUCCCCACUGAACCGCUCCCCUUCCAUUCCAUCCACACGCUCGACUCGAUCCCAAGGCACAUGGCGAUGGCGGCGUCCUCGCCGGCGCCGACGAGGGCUGCUGCCGCCGGCGGCGGCGGCUGGGGGGCGUUUACCCUGGCCCCGCCAUCUCCGAAGCUCCGCCGUGUCUCCGCCGCGCCCUCCGUCUGCCUUCGUCGUCGAUGCCGCGCUACUCACCGGUGGCGCCUUCCUCCGCGAUGCCGCGGGAAGCCGGCCGUCGGUGGCUCGGUGGUCGAGGAGGAAGACGCUUCGCCGGAGAGGAAGGAGGCUGCGGCUGCGAGCGGCGGGUUGCUGGACUGGUUCAGGCUUGACAGCGUUGGGAUGGACAUCCUGGGCAUCGCCGCGCCCGCCGUGGUCGCGCUCGCCGCCGACCCCGUCACCGCGCUCGUCGACACCGCCUUCGUCGGCCACAUCGGCUCAGUCGAACUAGCGGCGGUCGGUGUGUCCAUCUCUGUCUUCAACCUGGUGUCCAAGCUGUUCAAUGUGCCGCUGCUUAACGUCACCACAUCCUUUGUUGCCGAGCAGCAGGCAGUGGAUGCCAGUCCUAGCGGCGUAGGAGAAAGGGACGAAUUGUCGAGCACUCAGGAGCAGGCGGCUGAAAAGAGGAAGUUUCUUCCUGCGGUGUCGACGUCCUUGGCUCUCGCUGCUGGCAUCGGGUUGAUGGAAAUGGUGGCGCUGAUUGCUGGAUCUGGGAUGCUGAUGGACAUCGUUGGUAUACCUGUCGAUUCACCGAUGCGAGCACCAGCAGAACAGUUUCUUACUCUAAGGGCAUAUGGUGCUCCACCUGUCAUAGUAUCACUUGCAGCACAAGGCGCCUUUCGUGGAUUUAUGGAUACAAAGACACCCUUGUAUGCUGUGGGUGCUGGCAACCUAGUAAAUGCAAUACUGGAUGCCAUAUUUAUUUUUCCACUUGGUCUAGGAGUAAGUGGCGCUGCAUUGGCAACAGUGACUUCUGAGUACUUGGCAGCAUUCAUCCUCCUAUGGAAGCUGAAUAACGAACUAGUACUGUUUUCAUGGGAUGUAAUUGGUGGUGACAUCAUCCGCUACCUAAAAUCUGGUGCACUGCUAAUUGGCAGAACCAUCGCGGUAAUCCUGCCAUUGUCUCUGUCAACAUCCUUGGCUGCAAGGCAAGGGCCUGUUCCAAUGGCUGGUUAUGAGAUAAGCUUACAAGUCUGGCUAACAAUUUCUCUGCUCAACGAUGCACUAGCUCUUGCUGGUCAGGCUCUACUCGCGAGCGAAUAUGCAAAAGGGAACUACAAGCAAGCCCGCAUGGUUUUGUACAGAGUUCUGCAGAUUGGAGGUGUUACUGGUGCUUCACUUGCUGCAGCAUUGUUCCUCGGGUUUGGUUCUCUGUCCUUGCUGUUUACAGAUGAUCCAGCAGUUCUAGAUGUUGCCCAGUCUGGUGUCUGGUUUGUCACUAUUUCUCAGCCGAUAAAUGCUAUCGCCUUUGUGUUCGACGGGCUCUACUAUGGCGUUUCUGACUUUGCCUACGCGGCAUACUCCACGCUCUUCGCGGGGGUCGUCUCAUCGGCGUUCCUUCUUGUCGCCGCCCCCAAAUUCGGUCUCGGUGGCGUCUGGGCUGGUCUUGUCCUAUUCAUGGGGCUGCGAGCAAUUGCCGGGUUCUGGAGGUUGGGGAGCAAAGGUGGACCUUGGGAAGUGGUGUGGUCAGAGACUGAUUAAUAAAGCAAGCAGAGGGAGAGGCAUUGUGAGGCAAAUUUGAUGCUCUAGCAGUGCAACAUUGUGAGGAAAUCACACAAGGAUCAGCAGGAGGGGUAAGGCCCUGUUUGUUUGGGCUUCUGCUUCAGCUUUUGAUGUUUCUAGAUGAAAAGCACGUCCGGAGGUGCUUCUUAGUUUCAUGUGUAAAUAGAGAAGUGCUUUUGAAAUUGCUAAAAACACCAAAAACUGAAGCAGGGCCUAAGAAAACUCAAGCACAACACAGUAAGGGUGGAUUGCACGACAGAUUCGAAACUAGUAAGGCUUAAUUAGCUAGGUACAGUAGGUCUCUUGCCUUGCCUCCUCCUCCUGCUGUUGCGCAAGGUUGUUUUUGCAUUCAGUUGCAUGGUAUAGUAUAAAAUACAGAUGUAGUAUGAAUUUUGUAGCGAUGCAUGAACGAAAGUUACCACAUUUUCAGCAGAGUAUACAUCAUGCAUGCUGCCCUACCUAA